AUCCCAAAACGGUUAGCGUCGUCGCGGAGACCAGUCACCAAUCUGGAUGCAAAAUGUUGAUUCGAAGUUCCAUCGACCGCCACAACCCGAUGCCCUCUGCGUUUGCAGGCACAUACGCGUGCGAUUUAUCUUUUAGACGAUUUGGAGUUCUACUAAUACACAAUGAGUGAGGGCGCGGCGUCGAGCGAUUCGACUAACCGCCCUGCGACGACGACGACGACGACGACGAUGCCACCCGCGCAUUCGCAUGCAGGCCCAGAGGAGGGAGAGCGAGAGAACGGUGAGAGGAAACAAAAAGGCGAUGGUGUUGGCAAUGUAGAUCGUGACGAAGAGAAGGAGGAGGAGGAGGAAGAAGAAGAGGAGGGCGAGCUCUCUGCAGCGCCACCAUUACCUGACGAGCCGCUCCCACCACUCCCUGACGAAGCGCCGCCUGGCGAUUCCGAGGACGAUGGCUGGGAACCUGUCUGGGACGGCAAUGCACAGGCAUACUAUUUCUACAACCGGGUUACCGGAGUCUCGCAGUGGGAGAAUCCACGCGUACCGGAUGAUGCAUCUGGUACAAGGAAACAAAAAGAACCAAUUCGCGGGACUGAUACUAGCACUAGCACUGGCACUGUGACGGGAACGGGGACGGGGACUUUGGGCGGCUAUAAUCCUGCGAUUCAUGGCGAUUACGACCCCACGGCUCCAUACGCGCAGCAAUACGAGCAAGACCCUCAAGCAGCCGGUGCAGGCUCGACAGAGGACGCAUCGCAGCUCUACGCAGCCACUGGCGCUUUCAAUCGGUUUACGGGAAAGUGGCAGGACACGUCGCUGACGCCGGAGAACUACAACGAUGAGAACAAGUCGCGGCGGCAGAUGAAUGCCUAUUUCGAUGUUGAUGCUGCUGCCAACAGCCAUAAUGGGCGGAGUCUCAAGGCCGAGCGCAGUGGGAAGAAGCUCACCAAGGCAGAAGUAAAAGCAUUUCGUGAAAAGCGACGAGAGCGGAAGGAGGAGAAGCGUCGCGCUUGGCUGAGAGAUUGACCUGUACCACUCUCUAUAUGCUAUGUGGACUUGUUACUUCUUACUGUAUGUUUCUUGUGGCGUUGAGGUUGGGCUGUAUUGCAUGGCAAUGGAGUUGGAGUUAUCGCUUUUUUGCAUUAGAAGUCCACUACUUUCAUAUUCAAUUAUCACACAAUUUAACCAUUCAACCUAUCUAUA